AUCAUUUGAAUGAAAGCGAGUUCAUUUCUUCAGAUGUCGCGUUUUUAUGCAUUAUGCAUUGUUAUUAAGCGUUAUAAUGAAAAUGAGUUUAAUUCUGGAACGCAAGCUACCGGAAAAUGUCACGUUAUGGAAAGUGACGCAGGUCGGAAGCUUGAACCUAGUAAGCAGUACCACAUGCAGCAAUCCGGUGAAUGCCAAUUUCGUUUUAUUGUAAAGUAUGUUUUGUCUUGACAGGAUCUAAGCCUUCAAUUUCUGUCAAAAAGAAUGGUUAUUUUAUUUGAUCUCUACCCUGCUGAUAUAUUAGUCGGAUAGUUAACGUUAUGACGAGAAGAUCCUGCUAGCUGAAGCCAGUUUUAUAUUCUACUGAGACAAGUCUAAAAAGUAGUGUGGUGACAGUGUAACAGAGGUUUCAAACGCUGCUGAGUUGAAUGCUGCUGUGCUAUGGUGGUAAAAAAGAAGACACCCAAAGUCGAGGCUUUGGUUUUGGACGACGAGAAACUGCAUUUGCUCUUAGCAUCUUUAUCUGUGGAUGGAGGGCAUGACGGCAUCAGGCAGGUGGCAAAUACUUUGCAUACUUGCUUAGAGCUGAAAGAGCCUGUGCAGCAGAUCCAGCUGGUCAAAAAGGCUGGAUUGCUGCUUGGGGCGCUCGGUGAAGAGACAAUUGAUGGAGACGUUUUAGAAGCUUGUCUGCAGACAUUGGUCUUGGGCUACAUUUCCCUGCAGGCCAAGAACCCUUUGCGACGUGCCAUUUCCAGCGCCCUGUGUACAGUACCAACCUGGCUUCAGGAACGAACGACAGCUUGUCUGUCCAAGUGCCUGUCAGACUCUUUGUCGAAUCCAACUCCGGAGCAACACUCGCAUGUUGUGAAUACCAUCGCUGGGUGCAUGGAUGGCUUCCCUCUGGGUGAGAGAUGCAUCAAUGAACUUCUUCCAGAAGUUUUGCAGUUUCUUCACAAGGGAUUACGCGAGUAUUUUACUCAAAACAGUGGUGUCGCUGGUCGUCACAUAGCUCAAGCCCAGUUAAUGCAUUCCUGUCUGGCAGCAGUGAAAACGUCAAUGCUGGUUAUCCAGAGAUGCCAAGAGUCCGUUAGUUAUGCCACAACAAUCCACCAGACACUGAAAGACACAUUGAGUAGCCUGCUUGAUUGCUACAUAAGUAUCAUCACUGAUGAGGAUUUUGUGCAAGCAGUUCAGAGUACAUCUGGCAUGGCUGUAGUUUUAUUAAUCAGAUCUGUGAUGGGUUGUGGAGAUGAUGUUGCAUCAGUGGUGUGCAGUUUGCUCCGUAGCUCAGUAGAUGGUUUGGACUCUGCGCCUGUGUGGAUUAAGCAGAAAUGUGAGAGGUUAUGUACAAGUGCUCGUCAGCCAGGCGUCUCUAUGUAUCUGUGUCACGGGGCGUUGGCCAUGCUGAGUUGGAAAGGCUCCCCCGCUGGCCCACACUGGGAAAAACUGCUCCUGCUGGUCCCAAACAUACUCUUGGAUCUUGAUGUCAGUGUAAAAGAGUCUAGUAGUGUUUUGCUGGUAGUUCGAGUCCUAAUGCUGUGGAGCAGCGCUGCCCUGGACUGCCUGCAGGGAAAGGCUCAACAGCUCUGUACCCUCAGCCUCCAGCAGUCCCUCAAUGGCGGCUCUGAUUUACACCGACGCCUCCUGGAACAUAUCUACUCGCACUGGGAGCAUCCCUUAGACGGAGUCCGCCACCAGACAUGCUCCCUAUUUCACAACCUCAUCCUCAUUCAUCAGCAUAUCAAUUCUUCGGAGGCAAAUCCGGACAGCUAUGUCUUAGAGCUCACGCAGAGACUCUUCCAGCUCGAUUGGCACAUGCGGGGUAAAUACGGGGCUUUGAGUUGCCUUGUGGAUCUUUAUGGUGCCGGCUACCUGCUUGAGCUCCAGCCCGAGCUUCCUUCGUGUCUCCUUGGUCUGAUGAGUGACCAGCCUUUAGCGCCCUAUGCCAGUGACCUUCUGGAGAAGCUUUUUAUCAGCCAUAAAGAACAACUUGCUGCUGAAGCUUCAGUGGGGAAAAUGAGCACUACAACAGACUGGAUGGAUCGCUGGCACCGGAUGUGGGUCACGCCUCUGCUACAGGUGCUGUGUAGCGCAAGAGUGGAUGACACUACUUACAUCCUGGAUUAUUUCCUACCCAAAUUGCUGCGCUGCAGCCCGUCCAGUCUGUCACACAUGGUGCGGGCGUUACAAGACAAACUGCCCUGCUGCAAAGAUUCAACUUGCAGCAGGGGUGCACUCGGGGCUCUGAUGACGUGUCUGCGGGCAGCCAGGUCUCAAGGUGUGAUGCAGACCACCGCGGACGGUCUUUGGGAGGAACUGGUGCCCUUCAGCCUGCUUCGGCAAGCGCUUAUACAUAAACACGAUCAAGUGAGGAUGGAUGCUUUAGGUUUGGUGUGUGAAAGCCACCGCAGUACUGAAGUUCUCACCUCACAGGAAAUGGACCUCAUUCGCCUCUUCUUACUUCCCAACCUCAACAGCCAGUCACCAAAUGUCAGACAGCAGGUGGUCAGUCUUUUCAAGAAGAUGCUUUGCCGAGUCAAGGACAGUAGGCAGCUGUUGCUGAAGAGACAGAGCCAAGAAAGAGAGCAGGAGCAAAGAGCUAAAGACCAGCAUAUUAUAUGUCUUUAUAAGGAGUUCCUGCACGAGUUAUGUUCAAAGUUGUUUGACGUUUUGCUUCCUGGAGCUUCUUUCUCCAAAUGCAUCAUGUCCCUCAACUUGCUUGGUCUACUGGCUGAACUCUUCACUUUUGGUGCAGGGCCUGAUGGGUUUGCCCUUGGUGAAGUUGUGACGCCUACUUAUGCUCAGAAUGUCCUCUACUGUGUAGCAAGCAACUUCAUGGAAGUCAAACUACUAGCGACAACAUUGUUGUGGAAACUUCCUCUGUCAGCACUGGGACUAGAGGAACCAGAUGUGAUGCAUGGUCUACUUCAGGCUGCACUGGACCUGAGCACCAGCACUAAGCCCUUUGACAGUGUAACAGCUGCCCACCUGCUCAGCCUGCUCCUCCACCAGCCCAAUUUGAGCCAAGCACUACUCCGCUGUGCGCAGGAGCAGGGACUUGACUUCCAGCCUCCCUCAUCCUCAUUGCCGGCAGAACCUAAUGUUCAGGAACUUAACACUUUAUCUGUGAUUCAGUUCUUGCUGUGCUGUCUGCAGUCUGAGGUGUCCAAAGCCGAGUGUUGCCUUUUGCAGGCCGCUGCUUCCUAUCCUCUCUACGGCCGAGCACAUUGCAUCACCGCGGUCCUUCGGAAUAUCGACACAGAGUGUUUGUGUCACACUGAGGAGUGGAGGCGACUGGUGUCGGAGCUCAUCGCCACGUGUUACAGAUUGUCAGAUGUGGUUUCUCCUAUUGUCCAGAGCUCCUCUCCUGAGGGGCUCAUCCCAAUGGAUGUUGGCACAGUAACAGACACGUCAGCGGGACUACAGAGAAUCCUGCACGAAAUUCAGCCAAGGGACACCAAUGAUUUCUUCAACUGCGCCAGAGAGCUGGAUACACAAAGCGAAGUGGAGGAUCAGGAAGAAACUCAGACAACACGCACAGUGCCACCUGACACCGGUGGUGAAGGCUACAGGGUGACAGCCCAGAUGGUGCUGGUGUGUUGCUGGCGGAGCAUGAAGGAAGUGGCCAUGCUGCUGGGGCAGCUGUGUCAGAGUCUGCCACUGCACUACUCCAAUGACAACACACGCCCACAUACUGGGCUUAUCACAGAAGAACAGGUGGCUUGUAUUGGCUUGUAUUUCCGUCAGCAGCUCCUGCAGUCCCGUCAUCGUGGCGCCUUUGAACUGGCUUAUGUGGGCUUUGUUCGCCUCACUGACAUGCUAUGCAGGAGUGGCAGUAAAGUCCUACAACAGCUUCCAGCCUGCUGGCUCGCCGAGGUUUUGGAAGAGGUCAAAUCUAGUGACCCGUCAUCAAAAUUGUGUGCCACAAGACGCAGCGCUGGAAUACCCUUUUAUAUUCAGGCUCUUCUCUCUUCUGAGCCAAAAUCCUCCAGUUGCAGUCUGUUAAAAAUGACCAUGAGAGAGCUGAUUACCCUUGCCAUGCCUUCGGCAAACAGAAAUACAGAUGCUUCCACUGUUCCUCAGGUCCACGCUCUGAACAUCCUGAGAGCUCUUUACAGGGACACUCGUCUGGGAGAAAACAUCAUUUGUUUUGUGUCGGAUGGAAUGCAGGCUGCUGUACUUGGCUUCACCUCUCCAAUAUGGGCAGUGAGGAAUUCUUCAACUCUUCUCUUCAGCACACUGAUCACAAGGAUCUUUGGAGUGAAGAAAGGGAAGGACGAACACUCGAAAAAAAACAGAAUGACCGGGCGUGAGUUUUUCACCCGGUUUCCAUCCCUGUAUCCAUUUCUUCUUAACCAGCUCAAGGAGGCAGCUGUCUCGGUGGAAAGUGACAGUGGUCAAGUCAAGCUGCAUCCCAGUCUCUUCUUGUUGCUGCUGGUGCUCAGUCGACUCUACCCGUCUCCAAUGGAUGGCUCUUCUUCCCCUCUGGGACUUGCCCCGUUCACGCCAUUCAUCAUCAGAUGUGGCCGUUCAGCUGUGUAUCGGACUAGAGAGAUGGCAGCACGAGCUCUCGUUCCUUUUGUACUCGUCACACAGGUCUCGUCAACUGUACACUCUUUGCUUCAAGAGCUUCCUCAAGGCCCAGAACCCCACAUCCAACACAAUUACAUUCAUGGGACCCUACUACAGGUGCUGUUUCUGCUUCAGUCUUACCAGAGUGAGUCACACAGACCCCUGCCAGCAGGAAAUAGAAUCGGUGAAGCUGUCCUUCAGCGCAUGUGGCUGGCCUCCCGAGCUAAUAUCUGUGUGGUCACCAGAGGAGCCUUUCUGGAUGUCCUGGUCUGUCUGUGUGGGCCAAAAAUGAGUCUUCUGUGUGAUUCAGAGGUCAACAAGCUCCGUCGAGAGACUUUGUCCCUCCUGAUGACCUCUAGCCUCGUCUCCAACAGCAGCCCCCCCGCAUCUAACCUGGAACCCGGCAGCAUCCAGUACAUGCUGAGCUUGACAAGAGUGGGCCUCAGUGCCAGCGUGGAGAUUCCUGAGCUGUGGGGAAGGCAUCCACUCACAUCUCAACUCCUGGAUCAUCUGCUAAAGUGUCCGCAGUAUGAGGUGAGGGACUUGGUUCUGGAAAGGGUCCUGAUGAGACUGAAAGAGGAGGAAGACCAGAAGAGGACGCCAAUGUGGCUAAAUGAGGCCACCCUUUUGAACCUGAUAAGCCUAGUUCUUCAUGAAAAACACCCCCAGUGUCUGGCCAAGGUGCUCCAGGUGUUGAGCGUGUUGUGCUGUAGCGGUGAGCUCCACCGGAUGGAUAGUGUGCAACAGCAGCAUUUGUCUCAGGACACUUUUCUGCAGCACCUGCUUGUUCUGGCUCAGAGAACUUCUCACAGUGUGGACCUGUAUUGUGCGGCCAUGACAUUGCUAUCUCAACUGGUAAUCCAGAUUGUGAAGUCAUAUCCAAAGGAUGCAGCAAUAAUGACUCGCUUAUCACAGUGGGGGGCACUGGUGUGCUCAUCCUGCAGCGACGAGCAGCAUGUGGAAAUAAAGCUGAUGGUUGCCAAGGUGUUGGUGGACUCCACAAGCGCACUACUGACCAGCUCUGAGCUGCCACUUGGUCUAGUCAGCACAGUGUCUCUUUGGAGGAGUCUGUUUAUGCUGUUGCAGGAUGAAGACCAGGAAGUUCGCAGUUGUGCUUCUGACUUUGUUGCUAAUGCACCAACUCAUCUGAUUUGUUCAGAUGCGGCGGGCGUGACGACGCUGUGUCCUCCUGUAGCCUUGGAUGUUGGUGUGAGGGUCUUGUGUCACCUAUUGCAACUGUGGAAGCAAGUACCGGCAGGCGUCCUGGUUCUGACAGAGUGGCUGCUGGGAGAGGACGAAGGCAAUGAGGAGGCAGGCGCAGAUGACGCCUCCGUUCUGGAUGAAGAGGACUUUCUGUUUGAAAAGGGAAACCUGAACCUGUGGGCCGAGCCAGUCCAGUGGGUGAUUCUGCUGCACAGACAUCUCAUUUCCCUCCUUGUUACGUACAAACAGAUGAGAGACUCGAGACCCACUGGGUCUGAGCAGGCUCAGCAAAUGGACACACUGGCCUCCAAUGCCAGAAGGAAACUGUUGAGCUCCAAACAAGCCCUGGACGCCCUCCCAGUCCUGCCUCAGUUCUCCUGUCCCAUGGAGCACGCCCGUCUAGUACUGCAGCACCAAAGGGCCACUUUGGCUCUGGAUGUGCUGGACACCCUGAGAGGAGAAAUUGAGUGAAAUUGAUUUUUUUUUUCUUUUGUGAUCAUGCAAGUGACACCUCAGGUUUAUUUUUUUUUAAAUCAUCAUAUUUUUAACAUUUGCUCAUCUAUUUUUUAGUUUCAUUUUUAUGACAUCUAAAAUGUAUCAUUGUGAGAAAUCAAUUUAGUCACACGUUAGUGGCGGAACAUUUUGUUAGAUUGAUGCCGUUAUUAAGCUUGUUCAAUAGUUGAUUAGGAAGAUUUGGGCGGGAAUUGUUUCAUUAAAAUUGCCCUAAUAACA